AUCAGUGUUUGUGGCGCUGAAAUUUUGUUUGAAUCCAACGGUUGUGGAUUUCGGUUCAACGAAAAAUAGACGGCAAAGGAGGUAAAUAGGGUUCAAGAUUACCGAAAUCUUCAUAAAUUUAAGUUUCUCAUCCCACGCAUGAAAACACCGCAUUUUUGAGCCGCCAAACUUGCAUCAUGAAGCCCGAUGGCACCACCAAAGUAUCUGCCGCCAAAACCGCGAUUUCAGAGGAUACAAAGGUAAGGAAAUCCUUACAUGUUUUGCAGCCAGCUGCAAGGGAUAAGGAGAACUUGGUCGGCGCCGGCAGAACGCUCAGGUCUACAGCUUCUGGAAAAGAUCUUGUAAAAAAUGAAAUGUCUGAGAAGACUGCAAAAAUUGAAGCAGUAAAGCGCAAAAAAGUUUAUCACAAAGGAAUCCAAACGACUGAAGAAAAAAUCAAGGUAUCAGUUGAAGACCUUACUUCUGAAGCUGGACCGAGUGAAAAUUAUUGGGAAGUAUUGGCAGAACGCCGACGUAUUGCGCUAGAAGAUGCCCUGGAGGAGAACAGUGCCCUAACUGAACGUAUUGCUAAAUUAGAAGAAGAAAAUCGCGUCUGCAAGGAAAUGUUGGACGAGACUAGAGCACUAGUCGAAGUAUUGCAGGAAAUGAUUGGCGAGGAUGGAAACGGUAUUAACAACUCGUUAGACGAUAGCGCUCUGUGAACGUAAUAUGCUUAGAUUAUUGGACUGUUGAGCUAGGGUGUGUGAUCUUGUUUUUCAAUUAUGAUUUAUUACAAUGCUGCAUAACCUCGAAACAUAUCAGCAUUCGUUAUUCGAAUCUACUCCUCGAUUACCAGCCUUUUAGUUGUAUCGAAGAUAGCAGAACUUGAUGAAUUUGGUUUUAAUAUGAUAGAUUGGACGAAUAUCUGAAAUUUGAAUUUCACGUCGCGGAAAAACUACUGGAAAGUUGAAAUAGAUAUUUGUCUCUGUUCAUUAUUUUCUGCCAAACACGCAGCUACUGUGAUCCUAAGCAUAAUUCAUGGAUCAGAUACCUCAUUUUAUUGUUCAUAUACUUUCAUAUACGAUUUUUCCCAAAGCAAAAGAUGUAAACAACUUGAAUAGUCUAUAAACUGCUAUUUAUGAUAAGACUAGGUAGCAUUAAGCACAUUAACUCUUUUUCAUUUUUCUAUUUUGUUAUAAUUUACUGAUACGACUGGCUAAUACGUCUACUUUUAUUCUAAACAGUAUAAUUAAACGUAGCAUAAAGUAUCAUUUUUAUUUUUGUACCAUUUAUAGAAUUAAACCAUAGGUACUCUUUGUCAUUUAAUAUAUAAUAAUAUAAAUGUGGAUUUCACGGCAAUAAUUCAUCAAUCAAUGUUGAUUUCUAAAAGUAAAAAAAUACGUUGAUUUGAUACUUCUCGCGAACUAUUUCCUGAUAUCUAUAUUAUAAACAUAAAAUAAAUAUAAGUAUAAUGUAAAAUGUAAAAUCUUGUGAAAUAAAAUUAUAAAACAGGAUUCAACGUAACUAUGAAUGGUAACAAAAAUCACAAAGCGUUGGUACAAAUCACUUUUCUAAGUUCAAUUGCGAUAUUACACAAUUCGUGUAAAUAUUUUACGAAUCUUCUUUGUUUUCGACAAGUAUGACAUUUAUUUUUCAUUUCUUAUCCGGUCACAAUUGUAAUUGGAAAUUUAAAUCCAAUUUUGAAACGGGUGAAGAAAUUUAACAGCAAUUACUGAUGAGGGAAAGCUUUGAAAAAAAAGGAUAGUAAAAAUAGUUUUAUCUUGUUUAAAUAAUCCUAUUGUACUGUCAUCAAAUUUCUUUUGUGAUACGCAGCUUGAACGCAAUUCUACUAUUAACUAUUGCACAGAGAGAAUCAUCUCUUUCUAUUUUCAAUAAUUUUGAACAGCGAUUGAAUUUUUUUUUAUGAACAAUAAAUACAUUCGCAUUGAAGAUCUACUUGCAUUUUAAUUGUUACACUACGAAUCGCUACUGUUACAUACAAAAUCAUA